UCCUACAGUUGUAACUGGGAAGGUUGCGCGCGAGCUCAAAAACCAUUCACGAAACGACACAAGAUGUAUAACCACUUGAGAACGCAUACUGGGGAGCGACCCUAUGUGUGUCAUAAAGAAGGAUGUGGCAAACGAUUUUCUCGCCCGGACUCUCUCACGACGCACAUCAAGACACACUCCAAUAUUCGACCCUAUGUUUGCAGUUUCAAAGGCUGUAAAAAAGCUUACUAUCAUUCCCGCUCACUUAAAAAACACGAACGUACACAU